AUGGGCGGUGAAAGCUGGCGCAACAAAUGGCAGGCAACCAUGCUGUCUGAGGGCGAAGAACAGGAGCCCAAGGCUCUCAUCCAGGAAGGCCGCUGUGAAGCCGCCAUGCAAAACUCUCGGGGCGUAUGGGAGAAGGACGAGAUAAGGAAGGACGACUCCUUUGUUACCUUCGAGGAGAUCUUUGAUCAGGCCACACGGGAGAAGGUGGACUUUGUGCUGCUUGGGGGCGAUCUGUUCCAUGACAACAAGCCCAGUAGGACUACAUUGGUGCGGACAAUGGAGAUUCUCAGCAAGUACUGCCUGAACGGCAGCCAAGUGCUGUUCAAAAUCAUCAGCAAUCCGACUGAGAAUUUCGUCAGCGGGAAGGCAAAUUUUAAAAAUGACAACUACAGUGUCGGCCUGCCGGUGUUUACAAUCCAUGGCAACCAUGACGACCCCUCCGGCGUCGACAACCUGUCUGCUGUGGACGUUCUGUCCACAUGCAACCUUGUCAAUUACUUUGGCAAAUCGCAAUUGGAGGGCUCCACGAUCGGCAAGCUGGAAAUUGUGCCGGUGCUGCUGCAGAAGGGAACAACGAAGAUUGCCCUUUAUGGCCUGGGCAAUAUCCGAGAUGAGCGCCUGGCGCGCGCAUUCCAGACCCCCGGCAGCGUCGACUGGCGGCAGCCAAAGGUGACUCCCCAGUACCCGGCGGACGAAUGGUUCAACAUCUUUGUGCUGCACCAGAACCGGGUGACACGUGGCCAAGGGGCCAAGAACGCGAUCAAGGAGGACUAUCUGCCCUCCUUCCUGGAUCUGGUCAUCUGGGGCCAUGAGCACAAGUGCAUCCCCGAGCCAGUUGCGGCAGAGUCAGACAAGACCUUCAGCAUACUGCAGCCUGGGUCGAGCGUAGCCACAGCCCUGUCGGAGGGGGAGGCAAAGAAGAAGCAUGUGGUCGUCCUGGAAUUCCUGGGGGAGCAGUGGCGCACCUUCAAGUACCCCCUGCGCACCGUCCGGCCCUUCACCUUUGACCAGAUCGUGCUCGGAGACCAACAGGGCCUGGACCCAGAGAAGCCGGAGGACGUGGCGGCGGUGAUAGAGCGAAAGGUGGCCGGCAUGAUAGCGGCGGCCGGGGUGCGAUCGGCCGCGGCCGGGGCGCGAUCGGCCGCGGCCGGGGCCGAGGACGCAGCGCGCUUGAAGCUGCCGCUGGUGCGGCUGCGCGUGGACUACACCGGCUUCUCAACAAUCAACGCGCAGCGCUUCGGGCAGAAGUUUGUUGGCCGCGUCGCCAAUCCCCACGACAUGCUGCUCUUCCACAAGGCUGCCGCGCGCAAAGCCAAGCCUGAGGUUGGGGAUGGGGAGGUCAGCGAGGCGGAUCUGCGGCCAGAGGCGCUGGACCAGCAGCGAGUGGAGCAGCUCCUGGCAGAGCACCUGCCUGAGAACAACGUGGCCAUCAUCACGCGCAACGAGUUCACCGAGGCCCUGCGCGACUUCGUGGACAAGGAAGAGAAGGCGGCAUUGGCGGAAUGCGUGAACAAGGCACUGGCGUACUCUCAGAGCACGGCGGUGCAGAACGGCGGCACUGACAAGGAUGAGGACAUUGCGGUGCUGCUGGCCAGCAGCAUGAAGGAGCGGCGCGAGUCCCAGGCGGCGGCGACGCCUCGGCAGGAGCCGGCCGCGCCGCGCGCUCUGGGCGCUGCGGCGGCUGUGCGCUCAAAUGCUGACCUGGAUCUGGACGACGAUGACGAGGCGCCGUCCACGUCAGCCAUGCCGCCACCUCCGCCUCAGGGCCGCAGACGCGCCGCGCCAACCGCCUCCAGAGCAGGCUCGCAUGCGCCGGGAGCGGCUCGAGGGAGGCGGCAGGCGACCCUGGGUGAGAGCUUUGCUCGUGGCACGCCCUCACAGGCAGAGGAUGGGGUAAUUGCAACACAGCGCAGCGUGGCGUCCCGGGGGAGAAAGGCCUCGCCUGCACAGCGGCCUGCGCGCAAGGCCGCCACCGGAGCACGCGCGCGCAUGAACGAGAUCAGGGAGAGCGAGGACGAGCUGAGUGGCAGUGACGCAGCCGAUGAUAUUGAUGAGGUGGACCUGAUUGAGGAUUCCGACGGGGAAGUAGAUUUGCUAGAUGAGGAGCCAGCACCCAAGCGCAAGCGUGCCGCCCAGGGCACCCUCCCGGUGAAGCGUGCAAAGAAAGAGGGGCCAGCGCAGGCGCGAGCGUCUGGGGACAAAAGGGCGGCGGCAGGCCCUGUGAAGGGCAGCUUUGUGGAGGACUCUGACUCCGACGCCGAGGCUGUUCCCGUCACCGGGCGCUUUGGCCGCCGCCGCCUGAACAUGGCUGGAGGAGGCAGCGCCCAACAGCCAUCACAGGUUUCUGGGCGGGCGUGGAGUGCUGCACGAUGACUCAAGGCAGUACCCACAAGCAGCUGGACUGUGUACUUGUCCACAGUGAACGCGAAGGUCGAUUUGGUGAGGGAAACUUUAUCGAAUAUCAGCGGGGAAAUCGAGGAAGGAGGAAUAAACCCUGUUAAAUGAAGUGCUGUUGAUUGGGUCUUGCUUGCAUCUGGCGAGUCCAUCAAGGGGUAGGAUUUUGGCAGCUGCAGUAACUUUACUGCAGCUUGUCUGCAGACGCACCUUGCUUCUGGCAGGAAAAGCGUGUAAUAAUAAUAAUAUAAAAAAAAAUGAAGUGCACAUGCUAGGCUGUGAUUCAGCAUGCAGGGUGCACGCCAGAAUUUGCCCAUCUUGUGAGCUCUCUUUGAGGAGCAGCUGCAAUCCUGUGAAUGUGCAAUUGAGGCCAAGAAGACAGAAUUGCAUGAAGAUGUAGACCUUCAUCAAUAAAAUUUAGUUG